UUCAACAUUUUAUACGUUUUCGAUUCUAUGAAUCUGCAACAAAUGUUCGAUCAGCAAACAAUUAUAACAUCUUAAAAGUUUUCAUCGUCCUCAAGAAUUCUAGUUUUGUUCUUAGGAUCUGUUUAACUUCAAAGUAUUCUUGAUAUUUCUGCCUUACUCGUGUUUAGAUGCCAUAUGUCCCAUUUUUCUUGAGUUUUAUAUUUAAAAGUUACUCUAGGUAAGCGUUAUCCAUUAUCGUUAUCGUUAUUCAGAUCAAUUCAUAUAGGCCUAUAAAAUAUUUUAUUUUUAAUUUUAUUUUUAUAAAAUUUUCGAGAGUGUAUUGAAGAAUGUGGCUUUAUCUAUUAACAUGGACAUUGUUAAUAUAUAAUCUAAAUUCGGAACAUGAUAAGAAAUUUUCGUACUUUAUCCGUUUUGGUUCUAUGUGCCAACUGAAGAGCUUUGAAAGAUUUGAUCAUGAGAGAUUUUAUCCCGAAGAUAUAAUUGUAAAGAAUGCUCUAAUCGGAGUGCAUAAUUGUUUAAGAAACAAUAUCAGAUUCAUUAAUCAGGCCUUUCCUAAAGGAACUAACUUACUAAAAAUGAAAUGGGAUGAUAAGUUGUCUGAAAUGGCUGCAGAAUAUGUUCGCCAAUGUGUUAAGAAACCUGAUUGCUAUAAAUAUAAUUAUACCGAUGAUACUCAGGUGGAACAAAAUUUCAAAGCAGUUGUACAUAAUAAAAACUAUGAAGUAAACGAUCCUGUUCUAAGAUUUGCAAAUAUAAUUAAAGAAUGGGCAUUUGAAAUAAAGGAUCUGCCUGGCAGUAUUGUUCAAAAUUUUCAACCUGAUAAUAGCCCAGAAAACGAUUGGGUUAAUCUAUUUCGAGCUACGACGUACAAAGUGGGAUGCGCUAUUGUAACUUUUCAACUGAAUAACGAAAAAUUUAAAGAAAUAUAUGCAUGCAAUUAUGCACCUGCGAAAUUGAAAAACGGAGAAGAAAUAUAUAAAAAGGGAGAAACUAAGUGGUGCACUGAGUGUCCAGCUGAAAUGAAAUGUCAUCGAAGAUGGUUUCGUUUGUGCGGUAAGUAG